GCGCCCCUUGAUCUGCUCGCCUCCAGAUACAUCGACGGCCUCGAUCCCUUGGGCCGCCGCAACGCACGAUUGAGCACUUCUGGGCGAGGCUUAUGAGGCUUGUAGAGUACCGUGAUUGGUGGACCAAGUUUGUCGUCUUAAGAGUGCUAUUCUAGAUGCCUUAAGCAGAACAUGGAACAGGUUACUAAAAUGUGUGGUUUCCCGUCUUUGGAUGAAGCUCGUCUGAUCCAUUUCUGGACGACUUUGGCUUUUUUAUAUUAGUCUAGACCAGGUCCCAUGAGUGUCUAAACAUCUCAUCGAUCUCUCAUGCUCGACCACCCUUUGAUGUUUCUACCACCACCUCCCUGACAGGCACUGUCCAAGACCGUUCUCGUUCCAACUUGAAUCACAAACAUCCUCUUAAUAUGGCGGACUUUGAAGCAAACCAGCUCCCCCAACCAACAACCCCUUCCCCCAAGAUCCCCAAAGAGCUCUCCUUCGAAAAUGUAGUCAAGAACCAAACAGCCUCCCCCUGCUCCCUCCCCGACUUCACACUCUACCUAACCCACUCCUCCCACUCCCCCGAAAUCCUCCACUUCUUCCUCUGGUACUGGGACUACGUCCAACGCUGGUCCCAACUUCUCCCUCGCCAAAAAGCCCUAUCCCCAGCAUGGGACCCAGAAAAAGCCACCGAAGGCCCAAGAGCAGCAAGGUUUAUCACUUACAGCCACAAACGGGCCAGGAGCUUGAGGAUGGAGAAGGUGCUCGCAGUUAUGGACAUCAGUUCCCCUCAUUCUGACGAGCAGCCCGAGAAGGAAGGUGAUAUGUCAAGAAGCCGGUCGAGUUCAGCUUCUUCUACUGUUACAACAGCGAGCGCUGUGUCGGUUGUUGUUUCGGGGCAACCGAGGACGCCGUCGUCUUCUAUAAGUGGGAUUUUGAGCCCGACCGAGUCGAUGAGGGGGUGUAGUUGGCAGCCAUUCACCAUCCAACCCAACCACCCCGAACUCUCCCGCAUAACAAAGCUCUUCCUCUCCUCUCCCGAGACGUUGAAAUGUCUAUCACAGCACGACAGAGAGCAGUGCAUACGUGCGGUGCAGCAUACAACCCACCCUACCGCCCUACUUCCAGCAUUCAUGUCAGUCGAGUCGACACUAAGAAACCUACUUCAUCCAGCUUUCAUCCGCCACUCGAUUACCAACGCAAACACUGCUCGGCUUGUCUUCACGGGUGUAAUCUGCGCCAUCCUCGCGCUACUAGGGCUCAUCGUCGAGAUGGUGUUGAUCCUCUCAAAGCAAUCCCCCUACCUACGAGUCCUCGGCUUGCUAUUCUUCUGGCCCGGGCUUACUGGGUUAUUCGCCUCUAUCAAAGGGCUGGAUGUAUACCUCCACUUUCAACAAAAACGCCAACUUCGCCCUUGGGAGCAAACCUCCCUUCCACUCUUCCACUCGCCCUCGACCGACAAGAAUGAGAAAAGGGGGCAUGAGGGGGUGAACACGACCAGCACCAGCACCAGUUCCACAGCCCCAUUUACCCCGACAGGCGUCGACGCAAGAGACAGAGAGCAAAAUACCACCUGGGAGGAGCAAUACCGACAACAGAGCUGGAAGAAAAAGACCUUCACCACCGCAGUCCCGGUAGAAAGCAAACCUCUGAUCGUCCUGCAAGACCGAAUCAUCUUCCUGUCGAUACUCUGGGCCGGCAUCUCGUCAUCUGGUCUGACAGUGGCGGUGUUGUUCAUCCCGGCAAGAAAUCUCUUCUAAUUAGGUAGUUAGCUACCAAUACACCAAAGAUAAGCGUGACGGUGUAGUAACAACAGCCUCUCAACCAUCGCUACCUCAAGCCUAGCCCGCUUGAUCCCGUAUGACAAAACCCACAAACCUCACACCACCAUCAUCCCAUCUUUUCCUUGGACAACGUCUCUCCUCUAUCACCAAACAACAACAACAACCCCUUACCAUGCCACAACCCGUCCACCUCUAAAAUUUACUGGGAACACCCUCAAUUUUAUUUGAAUCUCACACACAAAUCGAAAGUAGAUUAAGUACUACAACGGGAUCUCACGUAACCC